AUUUGUCAAAAAGACAAUAACUAUCCAUUUUGUACUACAUUCUUGAUAGUUAAUCAGUUUUUUAAGUUACUAAUUUUAAAACAAGCGACUAAUUUUAAAACAUCGAUAGUGUCUGUUAGAGAUGGCCAGCCAUUCGAUAUCUACACAUGUAGAUAAGAUUUGACUUUUUGUUUUCCAGCAACAACAACAAACAAUGCUUAACAAUAAGAAAAAUAGCUCGUACCAAUUUUUGUAAAUAAACUGAAUUAAUGUGUUAUUUAUUUGACAAGAAAUAAAACAAAAUAUGCGCAAAACAUGGGUAAAACGAGAAAAUAUCUAUUACAAGCCAUUUUACAAGCAGAAAUCGAAAAUGCUAUUUCUGCUAAUAUUCCUCAUUGGAAUCUCAUUUAUAACGUACCAGGUACUAAUGGCAUUCUCGCUGAAUCAGUUGCCCUCCCCCUGGAAUCUUCAGCAGUUGCAGCAGCUGAAACAAAAGCACAAACAAAUGAUGCAGUCGCUCGGCAGCAAACAGCUUGACGUGGACUUUUUUAUAGGAACGCCGCCACCGCAAAAUGCUCAAGAAUCCGGUCAUGCGGAUGAGCUACAGUCAGCCAUUAAGAUUAUACGCGGAACGCGUCUAUUUGACUACGAUGCGUAUAAGCCAAAUUUCGAGGGUAAAUUCAAGUGUCUGGAUAACAGCAAAGAAAUCCCCUUCGAUCAUGUCAAUGAUAAUUACUGUGAUUGUGAAACGGAUGGCUCCGACGAGCCCGGCACAAAUGCAUGUGCCAAUGGGCGCUUCUAUUGCAAAUACCAAAAACGUCAUAUUACGGGACGUGGACUGGAUGUCCAUGUGCAUAGUAGCAGGGUUAAUGAUCACGUUUGUGAUUGCUGUGAUGGGAGUGAUGAGUGGGCCACAAAUUCCAAAUGUCUCAAUAGUUGUGCGUAGCAACAGUCGAAUGUGCAGCAGGACAUAGUCUAGCAGCUAUAAAAAAAAUUGUAAUUUAUAUGAAAACUUAGAUUAAGUAGUCUGCAUAGAAAUGAAAUAAAAACAAAAAGAAGAAAAUAUUGAAA